UACGGAAGCCCCUGAAGUGCAAUGAAUUGUCAUUUUCCGUCUACACCUUGUACACUUUCCGGUGGGAGGGACGUCGCGGCGCGCUCCCGACGCUGAACAGCUCGAGAUUCGUAGCGGCAGGUGCGGGAGCGCGCACGUCGCUGUCAGUUACAUGAGGAAAUGUAGACGGGGAGUUUAUGAAUUUAUCAACCGCACAGAGACGAGAGACAAGAGAAGUGGACAUAUCCGAGAAAAACGGCAACAAGAAGAGAAAUCAAAGGUGCCGAGUUAAAACAUUAAUAAGUUCCGCGGAAUCUCGGAAGGAAUCUAACAUGAUGGAGCACGACUGUACGAUGCCUGUUCCGGGCCGGUAAUCAGCUCGUUGGGGCAUCGCUUUUCCGCCUUGCUCUCUCUCUACUCCCUGUAUCCGUUAUCUUCUCGAUCGUCUGCUCUUGAGUCCACCCCCGGCAGAGACAUCAAAUACUGCAGCUGUGGGAGAGAUCGUGGGGGGCCUUGGGCGCCCGGGCGGAAGCAGCACGCUGGACACUGCGGCUGUAGGCAGUGGCAGUAAGAAGCAGCCAUGGCUGAGAUCACUGCCCUCACCCCUUCUCCUCCAGGACUGGGUGAAUCCCACAUCUCUCCCACCCUGCCUAACCCCUCAGAGCUGCACCCUCAUCCAAAAUCCCCUGCAGAGUCAUCUAAGCACUCCCCUGUACUCAAGUCAGCCCUGUAUGGGGACUCCUCUGUGGUAGGACCCUUGAGAGGAUUAAAAGAGACCACACCGGAUGGCAAGGGACCACCUCCUACUCCUCCAAAACCUGGCCACAUAAAGCUGAACCGGGAAGGUGCUUCUGGAUCGGAGUCGGGACCUCGUAUUCCAACAUCUCCACUGGUUGGACAGGGUGCCUGUCACCCUGGUAAGGGUGCAGAGGUAAUUAAUGCACAGCAGGUGGAUCUCCAGAUUGGGCAUGAGAUUGUGGGGGUCAAAGCAGAGAUACAAAGUCCCUCCCCCAACAGUAAUCCCAAUCCCAGUCUCUCCCCAAAUGUGACUGCGAACCAAGGCCCUAAUCCCAGUGCCGAUGGCCAAGUCUCCGGUGCCCCUGAGACUCUCCCCCCGCAACUUCUAGUGAGCACUGCUCCAGUGACAGGUACAGCUACCGCUGAAGCACAAGCGCAGCAACAGGGUCACGACCCCCAGGCAAAAGCACUGGCCACUCCCAAGAAGGCAGAGCACCCUGUCUCUGCCAGAAUGGAGCUUCCUGGGAGCCCCAUCCCUAUUGUCCAGGAACCAGCCCCUGCUGCCUUUAUGCCCAGCCAGCACCCCCGGCCAGCUCCGGACACGCUUAGUUACUUGGAAUCUGCCAGCCUCAUGUCGGGGACCUUGGAGUCCCUGUCAGGCCUUGGCGAGGACAGCUCUGUGGGCUCUGACUCUGAGAUCAAUGGCAUGGUGUUCAGGCGCACCGACAAGUACGGCUUCCUCGGGGGGGCACAGUACACAGAUGGCAGCGAGCGGGAGUUAGGGGUGGAUGUGGCGAGGCAGAGGGAAGUGAAGUGGCUCGAAAUGUUCCGCAGCUGGGACAAGUGGGUUUUGAGACGCUUCCCAAAGGUGAAGAUACGUUGUAGGAAAGGCAUCCCAUCGUCCCUACGGGCCAAGGCCUGGCAGAUGCUCUCUAACAGCCAUCAGCUCCUGGAGAACAACCACGGCAAAUUUGAGGAGUUAGAGAGGGAACCGGGAGACCCGAAAUGGCUGGACAUUAUAGAGAAAGACCUGCACAGACAGUUCCCCUUUCACGAGAUGUUUGCUGCACGAGGUGGACAUGGGCAGCAGGACCUGUACCGAAUAUUGAAGGCCUACACGGUAUACCGGCCUGAUGAGGGCUACUGCCAGGCACAGGCACCAGUGGCCGCUGUGCUGCUCAUGCACAUGCCUGCAGAGCAAGCUUUCUGGUGUCUGGUGCAGAUCUGUGAGAAGUAUCUCCCUGGUUACUACAGUGCCGGCCUGGAAGCCAUUCAACUUGACGGGGAGAUUUUCUUUUCUUUACUGCGACGCGUCUGCCCAAUGGCUUACCGCCACCUGAAGAAGUUCAAGAUUGACCCCAUCCUCUACAUGACAGAGUGGUUCAUGUGCAUCUUCUCACGCACUCUUCCCUGGGCCUGCGUUCUGCGUGUCUGGGAUAUGUUCUUUUGUGAAGGUGUAAAGAUCAUGUUCCGGGUUGGCCUGGUGCUGCUGAAGCAAAUGUUAGGUUCUGUGGACAAGCUGCGGGAGCUGCAGGGCAUGUACGAGACAAUGGAGCGUCUGCGGAACAUCCCUCCAGAGACCGUUCGAGAGGAUGUGCUGGUGCAAGAGGUGACAUCUCUGGCUGUGACAGAGGCCCUCAUUGAUCGGGAGAGCAAUAUUCAGGUGCGCAAGUGGCGGGAGUCACGAGGAGAGCUGACCCACCAGCCCCGCCGCCGGCUCCACGGCACACGUGCCAUCCAUGAGCUCAAGCACCGUGCUGCCGCCAUUAGCUCAGGCGGCAGCUUCUCUUUCUUGGGGGGCCCUGCCCCACCACCCGGACCCCUCAGGGCAUCUUCCAGCCUUCUGUCCCUGCCUGGCUUCCGCAAAUCCAAAGCACCUUUCUUGCCAGUUGCCAAGAAGAGUUCCCCCACAGAGGUCCGUGGCCUUGAUGUGGCCUCACUGCCACCUCAGAGCCCCACAGGGAGGGUGCCACUACCACCCAUCUCAGGAACUGCGAAGCCACAUGUUCCACCCACCACAAGCCAUGCAGUCAGGUCAGCACAGAGCUCCACUCCUGGCUGUACCAAGAAUCCAGCAGCAGCAAGAGAACAGGAUAAUCAGAGUGCCCCCAACAAGGGGCCUACUCCACCUCAAACCCUCUUACCUGCCCCCAUAGUCAUCUCUGAGCAGAUUACUCCAACCAUACCAUCCCCUGCUGCCAACAACAUGCCUCUUCCGCCUGCUGUUGACAGUGCACGCAUAGGCACUGCCACAGGGGGUGCCCCUGAGGAGGAGGGCAAGAAAAAGAAGAAAAGCAAAGAGGACAAGAAGAAGAAGGAGGAGGAGAAGCAGAGGGCCAAGGAACGGAAGGAGAAGGAGAAGCAGGAGAAAGAUAAGCAGAAAAAAGAGAAGGAGAAGGCAGAGAAAGAGAAGAAGAAGGAGAAGGGAGGAAAGAAGAAGGAGAAGGGAAGCGGUAGUGGGGAGACAGAGGAGAAGAAUGGAGGCGCUGCACCGAAAAAUUUGCCCUAGUCUGCAGCGCGAUACUCCUCUUUUCUUUUAUGCAGGAAGAAAGGGGAGGGCCAGGAAACUGGGUCAACAGAGCAAGGUGACCGAGGAGAGGGAGAGCUAGGCCGUUGUUGAAGGGACAGGCACAGUUGGCAUAGUGUGUUUCAUUUCGGUCACUGCACGACAGCUGUCAAUAGCUGCAGACAGCUGCAACGUUAAUAACUGGAUCAUAAUUUAUAAAAAUACAUUGUUUGUCAUGUUGGCUGUCACUUUAAAUUUUUCACCUGAUAACACAAAAUUUCUUAUUAUACAAGGAUUGAACCCAAUGGUUCUGCACAACUCAUUAGUUAUGAUAAUUUAGUUUUUUCUUUUUUAAGUAGACUUAUUUGAGGAGUGAAGUGUACAUACAAGAAAGAAACAAAAUUGAUGCUCCGUUUGUGACAAUUGUUUGUAAAUAGACUUGUCUAUUUAGUGUCUGAAGGACCCCACUUGCCCUACUACAUCCUUCAAUGGUCUGUCCUCUGUGAUGUGUAGGUAGGCCAGUCAGUCAUUGAAUCGUAAUGCAUAAAAGCCUUUGCGACCAUAGCAAGGCUCACAAAAGCCCAUGAUACCACUGAAAAUAAUACUGGGUGUGUGGGAGGUUUAUAUUUAUUGUACAUCUGUGUGUGUGUCCAUGUUUAGUGUUUUUGUAACGUCGUGCAAGUCUGUGAGUAUUGUGUCUUUCAUUCUUUUUUCUUCAUGGCCUUUUUUCUAUUUUACCUUUUACACCUGCCCAGUGAUACUGUCUGUGUGUGUGUGUGUGUGUGUGUGUGUGUGUGUGUGUGUGUGUGUGUGUGUGUGUGUGUGUGUGAGAAUGAGUAAGAAAGAGGAAUUGGGAACAAGACUGGAGUGUGUGGAUAAGUGUUUACGUGUGUUGUAGCCAGUCGUAGCAAAUUUUAACAGUUGCGUUAUCUUUUUAAUUAAGCGUUGUUCAAUGGGCAACAUUUUGUUUCUGUUUACAGGGCAUGUUGAAGAAAAUAAUACAUUUGGCCUAUAAUUGUUUAGUUGUGGUUAGGAAACCAAGUCAACUUCCUACAUAUCCUUAAUUUAAAGGAUUAAGAAAUAACAGAAUCCAGAAAUCUUUGGGCUUAUUGAUCUAUCAUCCUUGUGUCUUUCUUAGAGCUAAUGUCACAUCGAUUACUACAUCUUGUAUCAAAAAUCCAGGUCUGAAAUUGAACCCCAUGUGUGCACUGACAUGAGAUGAGCACACUGGAUCUUAAGUGUUUCACUAGUAAGUCAGAACUGCCAGUUAAUAUGAGAACCAUCAGUGUAUGAGUCAUUUCGCCCCAACCAACUGUCUGAGCAUCACUAGGUAUUAUUCUCAUUUCAUGCAAGUUUGUGGCAGUGUGAAAAUGCUGCCACUGUGCAAUUGUUGGCUAUGAAGUAUGAAUAUUAUUGUAGUUUCAAAUUUUGUUUACUGUUUACUCCAGUUGUUGGAAGGGCAACACGAUUGUGAGCACUUCUGCUGAUUUUUGAAUUGACUGAUGUCCAGCUCAUUUCAAUUACAAACCAGCACUCCACCAACCUGUGCAAUCUAGUGUUCGAGCUCCAGCUUUAUUUAUUGUAGCAUUAGCUUCCAACUGACACCUUGGGCUUGUAAUAUAUACUUUCAGUAAUUUAACCAGAUAUAUAUUGUACAUUAUUCUGUUGUUAUUUUUGUAUGCUAUUAUGAAAUGCCUGGAUGACUGGAAUGAUGGCAGGCCCUGAGACUCUUCUCCCCUAAGGUUACCCCUGGACAGGUCACCUUCUGUAAAUGUUCAUACACAUCAGUUUCAUCUGUAUGUUCUCAACCCCUCCACCUCCCCCAUCAGUUCAUGUGCACUGUUAAUUCUGAGGCGGCUCUUUCCGUUUUGCCUUUAGGAGCGUCAUGCCUGACUGACUUGCGUGAAACAGCAGAAAGACUGUGAGAAUCUCAUAAAGGGCAGGGACAGGGAUAUGGCCACAUGGUUUGUUGUUGCUCAAGGAGGUCUUUUCUUUAUCUUUGUCCCUUGAGCUGUGAUAGGUGUUCUGAUGGCUUCUGUGUGGUAGUUGACCAUUAAAUGUUGUAGUUAAGCACAAUGUAUAUCUUCUUGCUUUAAGCUUCCAACAGCAUUUGAACAGCUGUCCUUCCAUUUGAAUCAAAACUACAUGAGUUGAGUGUUGUACUGGGUUAAAGGAUAUUAUGAUGAAGUGUUUUGAACUUGCAUUCAACUCUGAGUUAUUUUUUUUACUGUACAGCUUAGUGAAAUUUUUUAUGAUGAGGUGAAGAGACUGCAGGCACAUGGAAAAUAUGUUUUGAUAUACACUAGCAGAGCAAGUCUCUGCUUAGGACAAUGGCCGUCAUCUAACUCAAGACCCUUGAAACGUCAAAGCAUCGAACUGAUGGAAAACAUGUCUAUUCCAGUUCACUUUGACCACUAUUCUUAGAUCGCACUUGUUGCCAUGGUUAUAACUGGUUUGGAGUUCACAUUACCUUGGCAGUAUAUGAAAGAAGUGACUCUAUAAGUUGCCUGAUUAAAAUACCAUAGCCUGUUAUGUGCUGUCAUACUUUUACUUAAAGGUGAUUUUCAUACCGUCAAAACAAUGAGACAAGUUUUAACCUUGAACUUAAUCUGGAAUUUUAUACCUUACACCUGUCUUUUUAAUCAACUUCCUUUACCUAGGGCUACGUGUGUCAGCAACAUAUAUUAAUCUGCAGACCACGUUAGUGUUGAGUUUAGAUGUUCCUGCAACAUUUAAUCAAACAUAGUAUGGAAAGAGAUGUAACUAUACAUGUUCCUUUUUGGGAUUGAUCUUGUAUUAUCCAUAUUUUUGCAUUGUAAACUACAUGCCAUAAAUGUGUGAUAGCUGAGAUAUAGACUAACCUUUAACUUAUUUACAGUGAUUAGAUAUUUGAACAUGUUUCGUAGAGGAUCUUCAGUGUCCAGGAGUUGUGUUAAUGCCAGGAAUUGCUAACUGCAGUGACACUGAUAGUUUGUACUGUUCUUCUGAGUUCAGGUUGUGAGAAAUUUGCAGAUGAUCUUCAUCACCCUCAAGUGUCGUGUUCUCAAGUGUCUUUCGUGUUAGUAUAGCUUAAUGUGUGCAACUUGUCCCGUGUUGUCUGCAUCCGCACGGUCACCCUGUUGCAGCGACACAUGGUGUUCAAAGAGCUACAAACAAGAGGAGAAUAAUCCUCUGUCUAUGCACGCCCUGUGAUUACGCCAUGUGAGCUGUGGGUGGAACCCAGUACCUGCAGUGCUGACACUCCCUGGAGGGUGGGAAUCCCAACACUGAAUGUGACUAUGCAAACGAACCAGAGCCGUGACUCAUGCAGCCAACGCUGGGCCUUUGGCAGAACUGCUGUUGGCUCUGCUUCGCUGGUACUAAUCCAGAGGGAAGGUCCAGCAGGCCUGAGCUCCUCACCCUGCUAUACCUGGAGGGACUUGGGUACCCACUCUGUCAUCACACCCCUCCUUUAGUAUUAAUUACCUCCUGUGUUUUUGCAACUGUUGCAAUUGUACUCAUUUUUCAUGACCAAACAUUUCAGCAGUUUCAAACAAAUAAAGGUUUAUGCAAUGAUUUAAACGCUAAAGCAAAGCAAAGUUGGAAGAAGCAGAAUGUGGAUCUGUGUUUUGGGGCUAGGGACCAAACGACAGAAAAUAAAACAACGAACUGGAACGACUCAAAUAUUUUAUUUUUUAAUUCAUUCUUGUAUGUAUUUUGUUUUUAGAUUUUUUUAAUCUUAUUUGUUAUUUUGAAUGUUUUUGUUUAAGGGUUUACAAGAGACCACAAUGAUC